AUGGCGAAACAAUUCAAUGAAUUAAAAGUUGCCGAAAAAUUUGAAACAGUCUCAGUAUCGCAUCAAACAAUUGUAAGACGGGUGAACCAUAUCAAUGAACAUGUAUCCAAAAAAUUGCGUGACGUGGUUGAAAAAUGUAAAUAUUUUUCGCUAUGCCUGGAUGAAAGCACUGAUCUGUCUGACAUUAGCCAGCUUGUCAUUUUUAUUCGAACUAUUCAAGACGACUUCAGUGUAGCAGAGGAGAUGCUUGACCUUAUUCCUCUCCAUGGUACAACCAAGGGUACAGAUAUUUUUGAAGCUGUGAAUAAUUUGGUGUCAGACUACGGGGGAUUUGAUAAAUGUUCCUGUAUUGUCACUGAUGGCGCCAGAGCUUGA